AACAGUAGUAUUUUUUUGGUUGUGGUGUAAUUCGAAGACGAUCCAGCGAUUCGCAAACAUGAAUGUUGAUCAUCUAAAUGCUCUUUCCCACAGGCUGGCCAAGGGUGGUGAAAUGUUCAAAAUAGGGCAGGACGUUUUAAAGUUGGUUGUCGAGGAAAUUCAGCGGGUCAAGGAUGACUUGACACAAGACGAACUUCGCGAACUAAUGACGGCCGUUGAAAGAGCUAAGCAUGACCAAAUUAAAGUCGAGGGAUCAAUAAAUAAAAGCUAUAAAAAUGUCGCACUCGUAGAAAAUGUCACUGAGCCAGAUUUCAACAAGAUUCGCGAGGAAAUCAUCGAUCUUAAAAAAAACUAUAGGCAGAAGAAAGCUUAUCUCAAGGUGCUCAAUACAUGGAUCAGUCAGUGCGAAAUCACCGCGAAGAAAUGGGUCAGAGACCUAUACUCCAAAAUAGAAGAACAACUCUACAUGGAAGAAGAAACUCUCAAUGACAUCGAAGAAGUGGUCUUGAAAAGCGAGAAACUCGUAAAGGAGCGCCUGCAGGACGAGUCAGCCUCUAUCGUCCAUGAGCUGGCUUCCGCCGACAACAAUGCAUUCGGAACGAUCGCUCAGAUCAGGGCAGCAUUCGUGGACGAGGCGUCCUCGUUGACACCGCAGUCACGUUAUAAAUCCGCGGCCAGCUUCGAGGCCCAGCUGGACCCCGUCAGUCAUAGCCUCGUACGGCCAGCGAUCGUAAACAAUAGAUCGCAACUAAUACCAACGAUUGAAGUGGACGGUCUUCCCCUCAUUGCAAAUCUUGACGUUGCUCUAACAGAAUUGCCCGAUACCAUUCGCAGUGGGGGUGCUCCGAGCGGUAAAUUGCUCGUCCCAUCAACGAAUAUCGAAGAUCAUUCAGUGGAAAGCGGAGUCUCGAUUACGUCUGCCUGCUCAGCUGAGGAAGUGCACGAAGUAAAGGAAGCUAGCUAUUGAGCAUCGCUGUUGGUGCCUGCUUCUACCAGUGAUAUAAAUUUUGUUUCAGGUGUUACGCGCGAUUUUUAAGCCAUUAUGCAUUAAUUUAGACAGCAAUGGUCUGUGUUGACAUGUUUCUCCGAUACUGUAAAUAUGUUGAGACAAUUUUUGGAAAAUUGGAUAAUUUUGAUUAAUAAAUGUCUGAU